CACAGGACUGGCUGGUAGUGAGUGGAGCUUGGAUCGGCGAGUGGGUGACGAGCGGCGACGGAGGAGACAACGGCUCGUGAGGCAGCCUCAGAGACAACACCGAGGAAAUCCGAGACGACACUGAGGCAAUAUGAGGCCCAAUGCGACUGUAAUUUUUGUGCUACAGCUCAUGAUGCUGGCUUUCGUUGUCGCCACGCCACCUAUAGACACUUCCGACGCCGGAGAGGAAGUCAUCGCCAGAAGCUCCCGCACCGCCCGCAGCCCCCAGUUCUUCCGACCCGUUCAGGCGGGUCAGGUCGGCCGGCCCGGAAUCCCAGGAAAGCCGGGGAACCCUGGAAAACCGGGUCUUCCCGGCAGACCCGGCAGGCCAGGCCAUUUCCCGGGAACGUUCACACCGCACACACCGCCGGGAAACUUCGGUCGGCCGGGCAACUUUGGCGCGCCGGGGUCGUUCGUGCCGCCUAAACUGCCGUUCGCCGCCACCUUUCAGAUUCCGAACCCGCCCAACCCCGGCAGCCCCGGAAACCCGGGCAACCCCGCCGGCCCGGGAAAGUAGAGGCGACGCAGUGAAUGUCGGAGCAGCGGAAAAGUGGUGCUACCUACGUCCUACAUAUGCUGAUGAUUGAAGGGUCUCCUAAGUCAUUUCUGAGCAACAAUGUGACAAUGUCACUUGUAAUCAAAAUACAAACCAGAACUUCCGUAACUUUAACAGCUGUUACUGCGUUGAAUUAUUUCUUUACCAUCUAUCUCUUGUCAUAAAUAUUGAACAAUCCACUUUCAGCUUGUACCAGGUUACGUGCAUGUUAUCUGAUGCAUAGGCUUUGGGUUAUAAGUGUGGCAAGUGAAUUUUAUUUCGACCCGUUGGUUACUAAUAUAUGU